UUAUGAUCUCGAGUUUCGAAUCUAUACUUGAAUCUGCAAUUUUUUGCAAUGGUUACCCAGUCGAAUACGCCGCUGCCCCACUUCCUUUUUGUCUUGAUCAUCUGUUUCUAUUCCAUUCGACGCUCCAAAUGUAAGAGCAGACCAGACCCCCUCCGUCACCGUCGGUUCCAAAUUCUCAGAGCCCCAUAAUCGUUCUGUUCAUGUGAUUUUCCAUGCUCUGAUAAUGGGCCAGACAUUGGGUGCUUUUCAUCGCAAUUUGAUUUGAUAUCAGGCCCGGGAACGCUCUUAAGCCCGUCGCCGCGCUCACACGCACACCAACUGUUUGUAGAAAUGUCAGCUCGAGAUGCUGAUUCGCAUCCGAAGCAACAGCCUUCUCCCCUCUAGAGGCUUUCUUUUUGUGGGCUGUAACUAUCUUUGUCAGCCUUUCUUAUUACUUCUCUGUCACUACCCAUGGUCAGGUGCCCUGAGAUCAAGCAAUGGCUGCUCGGUCGGUUUACUCUUCAUCAGUGUCUUCGCUACCACCCCCAAGUCCGAAAUCUCCGCCUGACUACCCGGAUUUGUAUGGGAAGCGUCGAGAGAUAGCCAGGAUACAGAAGCUUGAAGGAGAAAUUGGUUUCCUUGAGGACGAACUAAAAUCCAUUCGAAGUCUUCAACCUGUCUCAAUCAGCUGCAAAGAGAUUAGUGACUUUGUAACGGCCAACUCAGAUCCAUUGAUGCCUACAUAUAGGACAAAACAUCGGCGAUAUCGCAUCUGGAAAUGGUUAUGCGGACUUCCUUGCUUUAAUUUGUCAUGGCUGUGCUGCUGCUCUUGCACUGGGUGCUCUGUCUACCUAGAGAUGUCUCGCAGCAGUGAUUGCAAACCAUGCAAGUUUCCAUCAUGUUUAAGCUGUUGUAGCAUGCCGAAGUGUAGUUCCUUCUCUUGUCCCUCUUUGUCCUGCUGUAGAAACAUCUCGUGCCGUAGGUUGUGUUGUUUUAUAUCAUUACCUUCACUUUCAUGCCCCCCUUGUUGCAGCUGCUGCGAAUGCAAAUGCAACUGCAAAUGCAGCUGUAAGUGCUCUUUUCCAAAAUGUUCCCAGGUAUCUUCUUGUCGCCUCUGCACAAAGUCCUGUUGCAACCCCUGCUCUUUAUGCUGUUGCUUUUAGUUCAGCAACACUAUUCCAUAUAGUUUAUCUUGAUCUUCUACAUGAUAUAAUCAGUGUACAUUAUGAUGAAUAUCUUAAUCUGCUGGAUUAUUGAUG